AUGAGAAGAACUAUGGAAGUGGAAGAAUAAAAUUUUGAAGCUGAAGAAUGGGGAAUAGCUUAAUAAAUGCAAAGAAUUUUAGGAGAAAUUCACUAUUUAAUGUCUGAACAAAUAAGAAAUAUUUAAUAUUAUUCAGAUCAUCCAAGAAAUUAUUAUUAAGUUAAAACUUAAUUGGAGAAAAAAGAGGAUAGUGUAAUUAGUAGAUUAGAUAAUUAUAAAAAGUUAUAUUAACAAUAUAUAGGAGGAAAGCAAAUUUAUCAUUAAAUAUCUCAAUUUAUCAAAGAUAAUAAAUUACUUAACUAGAAAAUCUCAAAAUUAUUAUUUAAAGAGCACUAAUAAAUUUAUUUAAUAGUUGAUAAUCCUUAAAAUUAAGGUUAUGAAAUUGAAGAAAUAAAAGAUCCAAAAUAUUCGAAGGAAAAAGAAAAUUAGAUUAUAUAUUACAGAAAAAAUGAUCAUAAAUGGUUUUUUAUUAGAAUAAUUAAGAAUUUCGAUAUCAUAAGAAUCUAAGUUUAAAACUAAUUUUAGGCUUAGAUAAUUGUUUCAAUACUUGAUAUUGAAGUAUUUUUGUGUGAUGAAUCAUAAAUUAUGGAAAAAUAAGAUAAAUAGCAUGAACUUGAUAUUAUGAAAUAAGUGAAUUAAUGGUUUAAAUAAUUAAUAUUUAAUGUUUAAAAUAAAAAAUUAUACAAAAAAUAUUUAACAGAAAUAAUUCAAUAUAUUGAAGAAACUAUGAAGAUAUUAUUUAUAGGACUUAAAUGUGCGACUUGUAACAAAGUAUUUCUUUAGACAGAGGAUGGAAAAUUUGUAUAACCUUGUGUAAAAAUUAAUGAAAAUGAUCAAUUACAUCAUUUUUCUUGUUUGUUUAAAUGA